UUGUUGAAGAGCGCAGGAGGGGGGGCUAAAAAAAAUUCUCGCAUUAUCCAAAAAAUUCCUCAGGCAUAUAUAUGUAUAAACAACCAAUCCCUUAUGACAACGUCAUAAGAGAUUGAGCUUGAACGUCAGUUUGGCUAGCCUGCGACGCGGAUAGUUAACCUCGCUCUUUUCGGAGGCAAGAGCCAGCGACGAGCGCGACGAGCCAAUCGCUGCUCGCAUUAGACACACCCUUUAAAUGCUCGUUUCGUUUAUUUUCGAGAAGAUCCCAGCGAGGUAGUGACUGAUAAAAAAUACGUUUAUCUCAUUACGAACAUCGUGUAAUAGGAUUUUCAUGUUUGUCGGCCUAUAACCAAUCGCAGCACUAUGACGGAACAGCAAAUGGAUUGUGCGUUAGACUUGAUGCGAAGACUGCCACCGCAACAAAUCGAGAAGAAUCUUAGUGACCUAAUUGAUUUGGUUCCUUCACUAUGCGAGGAUCUCUUAUCUUCGGUAGAUCAACCAUUGAAAAUUGCCAAGGAUAAGGAAUCUGGCAAAGACUAUCUAUUGUGUGAUUAUAAUAGAGAUGGAGAUUCAUACAGAUCUCCCUGGAGCAACACUUAUGAUCCACCGUUAGAGGAUGGCUCAAUGCCUUCUGAACGACUGAGGAAACUGGAAAUAGAUGCCAAUCAUGCUUUUGAUCAAUAUCGAGAGCUCUAUUUUGAAGGUGGAGUCUCUUCGGUGUAUUUAUGGGAUCUGGAUCAUGGAUUUGCAGCAGUGAUUCUUAUCAAGAAGGCUGGCGAUGGUUCCAAGAAGAUUAAAGGAUGUUGGGACUCGAUACAUGUGGUGGAAGUGCAGGAGAAAUCAACUGGCCGUACUGCUCAUUAUAAACUCACAUCGACAGCCAUGCUGUGGUUGCAGACCAACAAGCAUGGCUCUGGUACAAUGAAUCUGGGUGGCAGUCUGACACGUCAGGUAGAACAAGAUGCACAGAUCAGCGAAACAUCACCUCAUAUCGCGAAUAUCGGCAGAAUGGUGGAAGAUAUGGAAAACAAGAUCCGCAAUACACUGAAUGAAAUCUACUUUGGUAAAACAAAAGAUAUUGUGAACGGACUGCGAUCGGUACAAUCUUUGGCUGAUCAAAGACAGCAGGCUGCGCUCAGGCAGGAUCUCGCAGCAGCGUUACAGAGGCGAAACGCUAAUAAUUGAUCCUGUGAACACCAAGAAAGCUUCGAUUAUGAUUGCGAAUAAAUUUCAUGGUAUUUAUGGAUCCUUUAACUUUGCUUUGGAUCUUUUGAUUUUUCACAGACGUUUUUAUAUUUUUGGAAUCUAUAGAAUCUUUAGAUUCUUAGAAAUGCUAAAUUUCUUACAACAGUCUUCUGUUUCGUGACGUGUCUUAAAAUCUUCUUGGACGUUUAGGAAUUUUAAAUGCUGCGAUCUAGACUUUUUCAAGUCACAUAGUAUUCAUCAAGCUUGCAGAAUUCCUGAAAUCAAGAUCAGUUUAUAUUAUUCAAACGACAUUUAUUAUAUUUUGUUACCUAGACACAUGGAUCAAUCACGAACGCGUUGAUUAAACCUAAACAGUAUGAAAUAAUUUGUUUAAUAUGGAAUGAAAUAGAAUUUAUUGUAAAUAUGCGGGAAAGGUGCAACGCGUUUUAGAAUGAUAAAUUAGAUAAAAUAUGUAAAAUGCAAAAGAAAGAGUGAGUUAUAUAAUAUUAUAGUA